AUGUCUGCUCAAUUAGACCAAGAUUCUCAGUCGCAAUUAUCCCAGGAGUUACAGAAGGUUUUAUUGACGGCGGAAUUUAACAUAUUACAGCAUGACGACGCCUCUCUCACAGAUUCAAGAGAUGAUUUAUUGUCAAUAAGUGAUGAAGCCUUUGAUAGGUGGGUUCCUUAUUUAAGACAAGCUGUAGAAUCCAGUCAAUUAGGGAUGGUAGUGGAGGAGUUGUAUAUUUCAGUUGAAGAGAACUUUCAGAGUUUAGAGACCCAAAUUUUACAGGACUCACAGGUAAACAACAACUUAACGACAUCGUUGAAUGAAAUUGAGCAGAUUCAAGGUUUAGUCGAGUCUCAUUUGCAAGGGCAGGUGGUUGAAUUGCAAACACAACUAAGCACAUCAAUAAAUGACGUUGUAUCUAGAAAGCAAUCACUAACGGUUAAUAGACGAACAUCAAUUAAAAUAUCUGAAUCAAUAAUUUUAAUAGAGAAGAUAUUCCAGAUGUUGGAGCUUACCAACAAAUGUCAAGAGCUUAUCAAGGAUGGUAACUUUUAUAAGGCCCUACAAAAUUUGGAUAAGUUGGAAAGAAUCUAUAUCCAUGAUUUUAAGAAUUACAAAUUCGAAUUUUUAACUGGUAUUUACAGUUCUAUCCCCAACAUGAAGAAGAUAAUAAAAGAUGAAACAAUUAAUUUAAUCAAAAGGUCGCUGAGUUCAAAUUUAGAAAAGACUUUGAGUCUAGUGGGUCAAACUUAUUUUAAAGUUUAUAACGAUGAGCUUCUCCCACAUUGGCUAGAAAUGAAAAAGUCAAUGAAACUAACAAAUUACAAGUUCAAUUCUCCAGUUGAAAUAUCUUUAAGAGAAAAUACAUUUUUGAACAGUUUGGAUCUAGAAAAUUUCUGCAAGCUUGAUGAAUUUCAUGAUUCGAUUAUAAUAUUUGAGUCAUUGAAGGAAACCAAGUACUUAUGUGAUGAAUUCAUGAAAGAAUAUGAUUUCAGAAAGGUAAAAUUGGUAUAUCCUUUAGAUUGGAAAAGUACCACUACCAUGAGCCAUAGCACUAAUAAACAAGUUGAUUCCUUCUACGAGCAGUUAGAGUUACCAUUUAUUAAGGAUUAUCUUUUGAAAAUCCUGGGCUUCUUACUCUAUGAUAGAUAUCUUCAUAAGUCGACAGACUACUUCUUUGCUCACAAUACAUAUACUAUUACAGAGGAAUUCUGGGAGCAGCUGACGAACAAAGUUUCCCCUCAUCUUUCAAAGUUUAUCAAGGAAAAAUUAACAACUGAGGCCCAGCUUAUCGAGUUUAAAAACUUCUUGGGCAUCUUCAUUGCUAUCUUAGAAAAUAUGAAACUAAACAGUGAAUCCAUGUAUAAAAUACAAAUUAUGGUUUUCGAAAAGUAUUGUAGCCUGCUCACACACAUAUUUGAUAAGGAGUUUACGUUACUAUUGAAUGAUGAUGACUUCAUGCCUUUAACCAUCAAUGAUAAAAAUUUGUAUGAUAAGGUCAUGAAGAUAUGCUGGAUGAAACCAGAAACUGCUGGAAUUAUUAAGCAAGAUAACAGUGAGGCAUUUACAGCUACAUUACCUUUUUCACCCUUAUACCCAAUGACCUGCACCUUGAUAAAGAAGUCGUAUGCUAAAAUGGUUGUAUUUUUGAAUACAUUUUUCCAGCAUGACCUUUCCCAUCUAAAUAUAAUUCUGAUAAAAACAAUUGAUGACAUCUUUUUCAAAUUCGUGAAUCAUAGCAUUAGAUCGAAACUGGAUACAACUUCUCGAGAAGAAAUAGCUCAAAUAUUGAUCAACUUAGAUUACUUUAUUGUUGCAGCUAAGGAGUUUAGCGUGGUAAUGACUAAAGAAAACAUCACUCAAAAUCCAGAUAUUGAAAUUCGGCUAUCUUCCAUAAAGCAAUUAAUGGAUACAAAGAAAUAUGCAGAAACAAAAUUAAUUGAACUAAUUGAUAGCAAAGUUACAGACUUGAUGGAAUUCGUUGAGUUAGAUUGGACGACGGAAGAAAUUAGAGACGAACCUGGUUUGUCAAUAAGAGAUAUUGCACAAUUUUUGGAGAUGAUGUUCACAUCCACACUAGCUAACCUCCCUUAUAGCAUCAAGUCGUUAUUGAUUUUCCGUGAAUUCGAUCAGUUGACUAGAAAAUUCUUGGAAUUUUUGCUUCAUGACACGCCAGCCUACAUAACUCCUCAAAGUGUUCUGAACUUCGAAACUGAUAUGAAGUUCCUCGAAAGUGUAAUCUCCAAAAUUUUCCCUAAUGAAGGCUCUACUGAAAGUAGCCCAGAUACUUCUCCUUCAACUCCAACGACGCCUCUCGCCGAUUGUUUCAACAAUAGAAGCCCGAAUACAAUUGAGAGUAAUGUCAGGUCACUGUUUUCUACAUUUACCGACUUAAAUCAACACAUACUUUUUAUUAAGUCCAAUAAUUUCGAGGAAUAUAAAGAUUCAAGUAUAAGAAUGAGGAAAUAUCCUCGAAUUAAGCCUGAAGUUGCCAAUAUGCUGAUGAAUAAAAUUUCAAGACCACUGACAGCCACUACUGACGGAGAUAACACCACGAUCUCAGACUACAGUAUUGCAAGUAAUGGUAGAUUUGCUAAAUUCUUCAACAGAGGAGGCUAG